CGCGCAGUCUUCAUUCUCUUCCAAAAAGAACGUUUGACAGUUGGUGACCCGCACAUAUUUCCUGAAUGAAAGGCAAAGGUGAUGGCAAGAAGUCUUGGAAUUCGGAUUUUUGGCUCGAGGAGUUGUCAAAUCUCUCUAGCGAUCAUGCGUUAAAAUCGGAAUGUUGGAAUACGCCCCCCAUUCAGGAAGCACCGCAAACCAGUGGUACUGAUCACGACGACUAUUCCGACGGAAGAAGGGAUAAUGAUACCGACCAAGGCAAAAAAGAAUCCGUGGAUUUUGAUAAAAUCCAUAUUGAUUGGUCACUUUCUGACGACGACGACAACGACAACAAGAAGAACACGAAAAACCCAAACACGCAGCAGGAACCACGCGUGCUUUUUGACGACGAGGACGAGGGCACGUUUGUGCGGCCUAUUUCAUCAUUAUCCUCGACGUCACGCGGUCUUUCAACGUCUUCAGUAACAUCUGAAAAGGAACAAUCAAUUGGUUUACCACCGCCGCAAUCUUCAGUCCCAACCAAAUACGAUUCGCUUUCAUCGUUCAAUGGAUGGUCACUAGAUCCGCUUUCUUCAACAUCGCUCGUGGAUUUUGAACCAGCAAUAACAAAACUAGCCCCAGCACUGAUGCCGACACCCAUUACACCUAAAAGUUUGCCGUCGACUACUAUGGUCCCUGUCAUGGAAUCUACUAUCUCAACUACUACAACGGCAGCAAACUUUGUCAUAUCUAAAGUCAAUGACGAUCAUCAGGAUAACGAUACACAGAUCGAGUCUGCAUCAGAUUUAAAGCAAGUACCUGUUGAACACCAUCCAUCCAAGGCAAUGAACGUAGCUAUGAAGGAAGGAUCACCAUCGUUUGGGGAGUUAUUUCUCGAAGUUUCGCCGGUAAAACUAUCCACUACGGCAUCCGAAGGAGAAAAACAAUCGGAAGCUGCUGAUGCCAAAGGCAUAGAUGGAGAAAACGAAAAAAAUAGCGAUGGCAAUGAUGAUCAAAUCGAGCCGGAUCUGGAGGAAGAAGUUUGGUCAUUGGAAUCAAUAACCAAGAUUUUACGGGCAGCCAAUUCCCCACCACCACAAUCAACCCAGGCCACCCAGGAAGCAGAAGAAGAUGACGAAGACGACGAGAGUGAGGAAGAAGAAGAUGACAAAGACGAAAACGACGAGAGUGAGGAGGAAGAAGAUGAAGAGGAUGAAGACAGUGAAGAAGUCGAAAAGAUCUCGAUAUCUUUAUCAGCUCAACAAGACGUUCAACAAGUUAAAGAGGGAAACAAGUCCGAGUCAUCAGUCUGCCUUGUGCCUUCAUUGACACGAGUAUCGGAAGAAGCAGAACCACUACAUGUUCUUUCGAAUCCGGAUUGUAAAAUGGAGAAGCCAAAGACGACGAUCGAUUUUGAAUCUGCAGCUGACAUUCAAGAAUCGACUUUUGAAACAAUGCGAUCGCAAGGCGACUUUGAACAGUCGGUAAUCGUCAACACGCAACAUCCUGGAAUGCAGCAGCAAGAGCUAAAAUCAUCUAUGGACCAACAACCCUGCUUAAUUAUGCAAACAUCACAACAUGAUGAUAAUAAAGAAACAACAGUUUUUUCAAUUGAUGCGACAGCAAAGCAGCAGCAAGAAGAUGCUUCCACUACGUCAUUGUCAAUAAGCAAAGAAUCAGUGGCACAGGCAACAAAAGCAGUGGAGGAGUCAUCGAACGACGAGACUACAGCUGAACCAAAAAUACUGCAAGGCCAUCAAGAUGCUUCACCUACUGUUAACUUGGCGACCACAUCAACAGAGCAACGGUGGUUUGCGGGCAAACCAUCAAUAGCUAAUGUGAAACCUACAGUAGCAGAACAACAGUGGUCUACUGGCGACCAGCCAUUAGCUGUAGAGACGUCACCUACAGCAGCAGACAAGCAAUGGUCUGUGGACAGGUCGUUUUCAGUGGCUGAUGUGACGAUAAAAGCAGCAGAACAGCAGUGGUUUGCGGACAAGACAAUUGCAGUUGACGUAGAAGCAACUGCAACAGCAACAGCAACAACACAGCAGCCACGAUCAUCGACUGCAAAACCACUAUUGGCAAUGGACCAGUCAUCGUCAAUGGAAGGAUCAACAGUGAAAAAAAAAGUAUUAUCUAUUGCAGAUCCAGUGGUGGCAGCGAAUGUCGCAGAACAAGCAACAGCAAUGACAGCAUCUGUGAGCCCACCGUUCAAUGAUCAACCAAUCACAGAGCAACAAAGGCCUGUAACGCAUCGACAUCAACAGCAACAGCAACAUCAAUCGACAGAUCCUCUAACAACAACAGUUCCUGAUUGGUUGUCAAGUGCAGCAUCCAUUUGGGCCCCAGCAGCAGCAAAAGCAGCACAGCCAGUCUCAGAAUAUCCGGCAAGAUCGUCAGAUCAGUCAUCGACAACAACGCAUCCUGUUACACCUGGAAACGUAUUAUCAUGGAAUUCAGUAAAACCAGUUUCGUUUACAAAUACAACACACCAAGCUCCAACAGAUUCAUCGUCUAUAAUUGCACGUACGACACAACAUCAUGGGAAACAAGAGCAGGAGCAGCAUGGGUGGUCGACAAGUCCUGCAGUAUCCCGGACAGAAACGAACACUACAAAUAAUUUUGUUCUUGGUACGGGCACGAUGCAUGACUUUGAUUUUGGAAUGGAAGGCAUUCAUCAGCAGCAACAGGCGAGCUACAAUAACAAGGUGAUGGAAGCGACGAAGAAGAGGGAAAAGGAGGAAGGUGACAACGACCGAGACGAAGACGACGACGACGACGAUUCUGAUGGAAGCGAGUCCGAGUACGAGACGGACUCAGACGAAGACGACGAAGAAUCAGUCGAACAGAUUACAGUCAGCCUAGCAUCGUUGAUACGAUCCAAAAGAGAGGAGGAGGAAAACAAGAAAAGACAAGAGAUUCCUGUUGUUCAUUGCACAUUGACGGAUUUGAUUUUGGGUACAAAAAGUGAAAAGAUUCGAAAUAUCCUUGCCGAAUUGCGUGGCGAAAAGCCUCAGGCUCCUGCCGAUGCCAACGGCAAUGAACAAACUGACAGCAACACGGACGUCUCCAUUCUGAACGCUAAAGCCAAUUACGACGAAAAUAUGUCACCAUCAUCACUACCGUUCGAGCAAAAACAAAUUGACAAGGGCGUGUCUGAUAUCAAUCGAUCGACUCAGCAAACAAAUGGCAUGAGCCAGAAGCAACACGACAAUAGGCUGGAACGUCAGUCUUCGCUGCAAGGACAGCAUGAACAGGAGAGGCCGAAAGAGGGAAAGGAUCAAUUACCACCUUCCAACGGUACCCGUAAGUCGUCCGUGGUAGUAGAAAAGGCAAAGGGACCGGCUGAAAGCAACAGCGAGUUGAAACUAAGCGCGUUCGCUCCAACGUUCAACCCACCAUUUGUUUCUUCGCCAUCCGCGUCAGCCAAUAACGACGACGGCCGCAAAAUUGACCAUGGCAAGAAUGAGGAGACCUUAAUACAGAUAGAAGAAGAGCAAAUAGCAAAUGGCACCGAUGAUGAUAGCGAUCAAGAGCAAGAAGAAUUUCGCUACAUAAGUGCAGAGUGUCCUACUGGAAGUGACACUGGUGUUGCAAUAAGUCAAGGUGCUACCGCUAUCAAUUCACCUCUGUCAACCGCAUCCAACCAUAACAACAACAGCAAGCUAUCCUCCGUACCGUCGUACCCAUCAUCUUCGCUGUUUACACCACCAAAAUAUUUUGAAGAAUUGCCAUCCUCGUCGUCUUCGUUGUUUGUACCUCCCAAAUAUUUCGAAUUCGAUGAACACACCGCCGUCGCCUCUUCACACUAUGUCAGUGGAUCCGCAAACCUUCAUCAAUUUCCCGUCAGUAAACCAGUCACAAUCACUUGUCCCGAAUCAUCGUCGUCAGCAACCGCCUUUCCAUUACCUGCCGCUGUCGCUGCCGGCAAGAGGAUGUCAACUAGUUCUCAGGGCAGUAACAAUAGCAGCAUCAAAUCUACUGGUGUAGACUCGCAGAGUUACGCCACAUAUACCAAAGAGGGAACGGUGUAUCUUCGCAAGCAACAGCAACCACUAUCGACCACAUCAUUCUCAUCUUCAACGUCAUCAACAUCGUUCGUGUCCGCGUCCGAGUCUCCUAGUCGAUCUAAUAGCGCCAAGUUGAAUCUCAAAGCUCCUGUAUUCAAACCAUCCAUCUUUAAAUCAUAGAAUAAUGAUAAUGUACAAUUUAAUCAUUUGUUCACAUUUGCUGUUGACAAAAUAUCAUUAGCAGGAGCAGCAAAGUUCGCUCUCGCUUUCAUACAUAU